AUGCCGGAAAUCAAGGCAGUGAUUGGUCUCUCAUGGGAGCCAAAGUUGCCGACUUUUUCAUCAGCAGCCAAAAAUGGAGGUGGGUCUGGUACCAAACCUCGCGAAACCAAUCAACUUUGGAAACCCAACACACAGCUUGUUGAUGGCCUCUUUGUUCCACCAAAUAACCCAACAAAGCUGAACAAGUUGCUUAAGAAGCAGCUCAAAGACACUGCUGGGACAAGUUGGUUUGACAUGCCUGCACCAACCAUGACCCCAGAGUUGCAGAAAGAUCUCCAAUUACUCAAGUUAAGGAAUGUUAUGGAUCCAAAGAGACACUACAAGAAGGGUAAUUCACAGCCUAACAAGUAUUUCCAGGUAGGGACGGUGAUAGAGUCCCCGUUAGAUUUCUUCUCAGGCAGACUUACAAAGAAGGAAAGGAAGACAACCCUUGCAGAAGAGCUGCUUUCUGAUCAUACCCUUGGGAACUACAGAAAGCGGAAAGUGCGUGAGAUAGAAGACAAAAACCGGCCGGCUGGAAAUGAAAAAUGGAAGAUAAAGGGGAAGAAGUCGUAUCAGCGUGCAAAGCAAAGAAGGCUCUGA